UUGCUGCACACUUUGUUAACAACAGCUGCAUCAGGCAUUGUCCAUCUUUAUACAAAUUCGUGUAAUUCGACUUAGACGUUUUUAAGAAGAUAAAACCUAUUCAAAAUGAGCGAUUGGGUAAAAAUUGCAGAAGACCAAGAGGUGCCGAAAUUGAAAAUAGACUUAAAUGCGGAUGAACCGGCACCGACAAAACCAACAAAUAAGGACAACGAACCGGACGUAGCCGACCCAGCUGAAACCAGUCUACUCAUUAAAAUAUUGGGCAAAGGCUUGGUUAACACGAAUCAGUCGCUGGACAUUCAACAAAAAAAUCCGAAUUCACCGUUGCAUUCAGUGAAAACGUUCGAGGCAUUACAUCUAAAGCCGGAACUACUAAAGGGUAUUUAUGCGAUGGGCUUCAACACGCCAUCGAAAAUUCAAGAGACCGCAUUGCCAACUCUCCUCGCCGAUCCACCGCAAAAUAUGAUAGCACAAAGCCAAUCGGGAACUGGCAAAACUGCUGCCUUUGUGUUAGCAAUGCUUAGUCGCGUAAACGUCGCACAGAAUCAUCCUCAAGUUCUGUGCCUCUCGCCCACUUACGAGCUUGCGAUCCAAACUGGCGAAGUGGCAGCUCGGAUGGGUCAAUUUUGUCCAGACAUAAAGCUCAGAUUCGCAGUCCGUGGUGAAGAAGUUGAUCGCAACUCGAAAAUUACGGAGCACAUUUUGAUUGGAACUCCGGGUAAAAUGAUGGACUGGGGUAUCAAGAUGCGUUUGUUUGACAUCAAAAAAGUUCGAGUUUUUGUGUUAGAUGAAGCGGACGUUAUGAUUGCAACGCAAGGGCAUCACGAUCAGUGCAUUAGGAUUCAUAAAAUGCUUAGUCCGCAAUGCCAGAUGUUGUUCUUUUCGGCGACAUAUGACAAGGAAGUUAUGGACUUUGCUCGCUUGAUUGUCUCCGAGCCGACAAUAAUACGAUUGAUGCGUGAGCAAGAAUCUCUUGAUAACAUCAAACAAUAUUAUGUGAACUGCAAAAACGAAGAUGGCAAGUACAAUGCCAUCCAGAAUAUUUAUGGUUGCAUCAGCAUUGGUCAGGCAAUUAUAUUUUGUCACACGCGCAAAACGGCUGCAUGGCUGGCAGCUAAAAUGACUGCCGAUGGCCAUUCGGUGGCUGUUCUUUCUGGCGAUUUGACCGUUGAACAGAGACUUGCAGUUUUGGAUCGAUUUAGAUCCGGCCAGGAAAAAGUGCUCAUCACUACGAAUGUCCUGUCGCGUGGCAUUGACAUCGAACAAGUCACAAUUGUGGUUAAUUUUGAUCUGCCCGUUGAUCUUCGUGGCAAUGCCGACUGUGAGACCUAUUUGCAUCGCAUUGGACGCACUGGUCGAUUUGGAAAAUCGGGCAUUGCUAUAAAUCUUAUCGACGGUGAGAAAAGUAUGACUGUCUGUCGCACUAUUAAGGAACAUUUUCAGAAGGAUAUUAUUUAUUUGAAUACCGACAAUGCGGAUGAUAUUGAAAAGAUUGGCAACUGAGUCAUUAUAAUCAUUCCAUUGUUUAACGUUAAGCAAGCAACAUUUGUGAAAAUUCUAUUGAAAUAAAAACAUUUUCUGAAUAUUA